AUGACGGCUGCUGUCCAGUCCCCAAAUAACAUUACACCUCCUAUCUUCGGCGGUACUGUCAGCGAGUGUCUACCAGAAGGCCUUGCACAGAAUGGCGGCCGCAUCUCAACGGAUAAGAUUGGAUUCCUGAAGCCUACAUCAGUUUCAGUGCCAGUCAGUGAGAUGAGAGAGCGGUUGAAAGCCGAUGGAUAUCUUUUCGUCAAAGGUGUUAUUCCACGGGAAGAUGUACUGGAUGCUAGAGAACACUAUUUCAAACAAUACUCCAACACAUCUCUCUUGGAACCGGGUUCCUCUCCAAGGGAUGGCAUAUUCAAUUCAUCAUCUCACCCAGAUGAACAUAAGGGUAUUGGUGGUCAAGGUCUACCCAGUGACCCGGUCGAGGAAAAGAUUCUCGUCGAUGCCCACAAGGAGCCCGAGUACCGUGCGUUCGUCGAACAUCCCGCCUUGACAAAGUUUAUUCGAGAUCUUAUGGGAUGGAAGGAGCAUCGUAUCCUCGAUCGCACGAUGUUGCGUCACAAUGUGCCACUUGGGAAGGGCACAGGAAUCCAUUACGAUAAGUUAUUCUUGAGAGGUGGCGAAGGAUUCUUUCUGACUGCUUGGGUACCAAUUGGCGACAUCUCGGUCGAUGGAGGUGGCCUCUGCUACCUAGAAAACUCCCUACCAUUAGGCCGCGCAAUUGAAGAAGACUAUACGAACCGCGCCGCGGAUUUCACACCUGAGCAGCGUAUUUCUGCAUUUAACGUUAAUAUGUUAGAUGGAGGAAUGAUCUCAAAUUCUCCUCAGGAAUUCCAGGCUAUGCAUUCUGCAUAUGGUGAGCAUAAAUGGCUUGUUACCAAUUAUGAAGCAGGCGAUGUUGUUUUUCAUGAUCCUUAUAGUAUUCAUGCUAGCGGGCGCAACGAGAAUUCGCAGGGUCAAAUUCGGUUGAGUACAGAUUUGAGGUUCUAUGAGAAGGGUUCUGAGGGAAUCGAUACUCGUUGGUACAAGAUUUGGUCUCCCGGGGAUGGGCUGUAA